AGUCGCGCGCUUUAUUUCUCAAAAUGGCGGCCGCUAGAGACGGUUGUGGCUUAGGAAAAGUGGCUGUAGGGAACGGGCGGCGGCUCCACUUAGGGAUUCCUGAAGCCGUGUUUGUGGAAGAUGUAGAUUCCUUCAUGAAACAGCCAGGGAAUGAGACUGCGGAUACAGUACUAAAGAAGCUGGAUGAGCAGUACCAGAAGUAUAAGUUUAUGGAGCUCAACCUUGCUCAAAAGAAAAGGAGGCUGAAAGGCCAGAUUCCUGAAAUUAAACAGACUUUAGAAAUUCUGAAAUACAUGCAGAAGAAAAAAGAGUCCACCAAUUCACUGGAGACCAGAUUCUUACUGGCAGAUAACCUGUAUUGCAAAGCUUCAGUUCCUCCUACUGAUAAAGUGUGUCUGUGGUUGGGGGCUAAUGUAAUGCUUGAAUAUGAUAUUGAUGAAGCUCAGGCAUUGCUGGAAAGGAAUUUAUCAACUGCCACAAAGAAUCUUGAUUCUCUUGAGGAAGACCUUGACUUUCUUCGAGAUCAAUUUACUACCACAGAAGUCAACAUGGCCAGGGUUUAUAAUUGGGACGUAAAAAGAAGAAACAAAGAUGAUUCUACCAAGAACAAAGCGUAAUGCUGGCAACAAAAAAUGUGGUUCAGUUUUCCAAACAUGUUCUUUUAAAUACUCCAAAGUUUAUCCUUACAGGUUAACAUAACUUUGAAUGAUUUUUUAACAAUAAGAAUGAUAAUUAAAACUUUAAGAAAAGAUAAACACCGUUUUAUUUAUUUAUAAAAACAAAAUUAGUUUCAAAUAUUUUAUGAAAUUAGCAGGAUUUUUAUUUGUUUUGCAUUUCCAGCAAAGUAAAUGCAACUUUCAUCAUUUUUUUGUUUGUCAUAGGAAAAGUCUUAGUUGAAAUGACUAAAAACUAAUGUAUGCUGUAGAAGCUGAAUUCUGGACACUUUAGCACAGUUUACUUUUUCUUUAUUAGCUGAUGUUACUCUCCCUUGAUAUGGUUAAACCAGUUUAGAGGUAGGAAAAAGUCAGUUUGAAUAUUUGCCAACCUGCUUUUCUUUUAGUAUAUGUGGGGCUUUAUGGUCCUCUGUUGCCAUUAUUUGUCCUGUGUAAGUGGAGUUUCACGAAAUACUGCUUAGCCAAUAACUAUUUAUUAUAAUAUUCUAUGCUCUUCAGGAAAUGGUCAUUUGCCUUCCUAAACCUUAAGAGGGCUAUUGAGACAACAUUUUUUCUUUUCUAUAAGUGCACAGUGUCUUUGCAAUGCCAACAUCAAGAAGUUUUCAGCCAAUGUGCAGUAACAAAAUUACCCACUCAAAACUCUUGGCUAAGGUGAUUUUGUAUGUCCGGGUAGUUCUCAUAGCAGCUGAACAGGAAUAUUGAGGUAAAUUAAAAUCUGCAGUGGUUGAAAAGACUUGUGAGGUUUUUUUAUCCAGGAUAAAACCUUAUUAGGAGUUGUAGAAAAUCCCCAUGGAAAGCUAUUGGUACAGUUGGCUAGUAGUGGGUGAUAGAGAUUCUGGUUAAAACAGAUGUAUUCCAUCUCUGUGUAAUAAAAAGUAUACUUGUACGUAUUUUGUGCUUGUAUUUCAUGAUAUUAAAAGUGAAGUUAAAACUGG